CCACCGUAUUAUCCGGGUUAAUCAUAUCCGUUUGCAGUCUGCAAUCGAGUUUCAACAAUGGAAGCUAGCGGUCUUUCAAUCUCCCCCCUCAUCUCAACAUCCUGUAACACCAACCCACAUUACAACAAUCUCCGGUUCAACAAAACCCAUCUCUUCAAUUCCUCAUUAAUCACCCACAAACCACUUCAAUUCCAGUCCACUCUCAAAUGGGUUGUUAAAGCACAAGCAGCUGAUGAAGAUUAUGAGCUUAAACAGGUGAAGGAUAUGGCUGCAGCCAGGAAGAGAUGGGAUGCCCUGGUUAGGGAGGGGAAAGUGAAGGUUCUUACGCCGAAAGAAGCUGGAUAUGCGAUUCAGUUAUCGGGUAAAACGUUGCUUGAUGUUCGUCCAUCUACCGAGCAUGAGAAGGCAUGGGUUAAAGGGUCAACUUGGAUCCCAAUCUUUGAUGUCGACACUCAACUUGACGCUGGAACUCUUUCAAGAAAAGUCACAAGUUACAUGAUGGGAGGUUGGUGGAGUGGUGUCCCGACACUAUCUUUCGAUAACCGGUUCAUAUCAAAGGUCACAGAAAAAUUCCCAAAAGAUGCCGACCUUAUUGUUGCAUGCCAAAAGGGAUUAAGAUCGUUAGCUGCUUGUGAGCUACUAUAUAAUGCUGGUUAUGAAAACGUUUUCUGGGUUCAAGGAGGUUUAGAGGCUGCUGAAGAAGAGGAUCUCGAAAGGGAAGGUCCUCAGCCCUUUAAGUUAGCUGGAGUCGGUGGGCUUUCAGGGUUCCUCGGUUGGACAGAUCAGCAAAGAGCUCAAGCCGCCAAGGAGGGUUGGGGUUACCGAUUAGUGUUUACCGGUCGAUUGAUUGGGGUCGUUCUUGCUGCCGAUGCAUUGUUUCUUGCGGCUCAACAAGCAGCUCGUUAUCUUCAGGAUAUAAGAGCUAACUAACGGUCUGGUUUUUUUCGUUCAUAGAAUUCCGUAGAGAUUGUAGAUUUUGUCACAUUCGUAGAUGUGUGUUGUAUCUAGUAUAGGGGACGACGUAAGUCUUGUUGUUUAUUUUCUUUUUUGUGUGUUUUGAACGCUCAAUGAAUUAAGUGUUAAUAUCUUGUUGGAAUAUGGUUGUUGACCCGUUUUCUAUUCA